AUGCCGCUGAGGGUGACUCCUCUGGGAGCGGCGCAGCAAGUCGGCCGGAGCUGCGUGCUGCUGGAGAUUGGAGGCCGCCGUGUGCUCCUGGACUGUGGGGUGGCGGCCCACUCGUCGAGCGGCUACUAUCCGGACUUUGCACAGCUGGAGGAUGUGCAGAGCCUGGAUGCGGUGAUCAUCUCGCACUUUCAUCUGGAUCAUGUCGGGGCGUUGCCAUAUCUGACAGAAGUCUUGGGCUACCAGGGGCCCAUACUGAUGACGCACCCCACCCGCGCCAUCGGCCCCAUCAUCAUCAAGGACUCCCUCUCCAGGCCUUCCAAGAAGACCGGAAAGCGAGCUGGAAAGCCAGUGGAAGAGGAUGAUGUGCUCGAGCUGGUGACCCCCGAGAUGGUCGAUCCCCCUUUUGACCGUGCGCGGUGCUUCCAACUGCAGGAGCGGGUGGAAAUUGGGGAUCUUGUGAUGACUGGCUUCUACGCCGGCCACGUGUUGGGCGCGGUCAUGGUUCAUCUCGAGUGCCGGGGGCAAAGCGCGCUGUACACAGGAGAUUUCACCAUGGUGCCGGAUCACCACUUGAGUGCCGCGAGCAUCCCCCUGGCGCUCCACCCGGAUGUGCUGAUCACAGAGACGACGUGCUGCACGACGAUCCGCUCACCGAAGCUGCGUGAGGAGUACGACAUCUGCUCGAAGGUCCAAGCCUGCCUGGAAAGAGGUGGUAAGGUCCUGGUUCCCGUUCUGGUGAUGGGCCGCAGCACCGAGAUCUGUGCGAUCUUGGAGGAACACUGGGCCCGGGCUCAGCUGGCGUAUCCCAUCUACGUUAUCAGCGCAAUGGCACAGAAGGCGCGAGUGUUCUUCCAGCUCUUUGCGUCCUGGGGGAGCAAGAAGGUUCGCACAUCCGAGAGGCCUUUCGAAUUCCCCCACGUGCUCUUCGGGAGCCUGGCUGAGGUCCUGGCACUGCCAAGCCCAGUCGUGGCCCUGGCGGGCUCGGGCAUGCUCGACUCUGGCCCAGCGCUGGAGCUCUUCCAGGCAUGGGCGCCGGACAGGAAGAACUUGAUCGUCAUUCCCGGUUAUUGCCUACCCGGCACCGUUGGCAACUUGGUUCAAGCCAGAGAGAAGAAGAUCGAGCUGGCCAGCGGCGUCGUUGAUGUCCGCUGCGAGGUGGACCACUUGGCGCACUCAGAUCACACCGACUCUCGGGGCAUUGUGGAGCUCAUCAGCCAGGUGGCUCCCAGACAGGUAGUUCUGGUGCAUGGCGGCAUGCAAUUGAUGGACGUGUUCACGGCCAUCGUCCGCAAGCGCUUACGAAUCCCGUGCCACAUGCCAUCGCUCGGCGAGAGCGUUGAGAUCCCGAGCCCGGUUUUUGUGGAGGCCUGGGCCAGCUCUUUGCUGAUGACCCGCACCGAGCCGGUACCCCCGCCCCCUGUCAGGGGCGUACCCUGCAUCCACGCGGCAGCGCCCGUGGCCGCGAAUUUCACCGCGGAACUCCGGAAGCGCGGCCGUGGAGCGCUGGAGCUCCACGCGGCGACGCCAGCACCCAAAGCCAAGGUGCACCGCAUAUGCAUCCGUCAACGGGGUCGCCUCCCUUGCCCCGUACUUCAAGCCGUGCUCCGCGAGGCAAAGCAGGACAUCCCGGACGAUUUGUGCUCGAUCUUCGAGGUUGCGGGUGCCAAGAUUCUGGUGGAUCAGAUCCAGGCGAACGAUGCAAUUGUCACGGUCUCCUGGACAGCGGGGCUCGAGGAUCGCGAGCCAGUCCGACAACUCCUCGACGCACUAGGACCUCCAGAGCCCUGA